CACGAACCACACACCAUUUCAUGUAUCCAGAGAGUGCUGUGAAUCUCCACUCUAAUGUACAUCUUGUACUAGUCCCUUUCAAACCCCUGGAUCUCAAAUGGCUGGCCAGUGCCCUUUCAACAGGAGAUAUCCAGCAAUUCUAAUAAUUCACCCUGUUUUCCUGAAAUAUAUCCAAGACAAAUGGACAAGGCAUCAUGGAAAAUAUCCUUCCACUGGGUUGGUUACACUGAUUUUUGCCAUCCAUACUUGCACACAGGUUUCUGUCUUUGGCUUUGGUGCAGACAGCAAUGGGAAUUGGCAUCACUACUGGGAAGACAACCGUUAUGCAGGAGCCUUUCGCAAGUCUGGAGUACACGAUGGCCCUUUUGAGCUACAACUCAUUGAAAGGCUGGCAAUUGAAGGCAAAUUGGCAUUCUAUAAAUAGUUUACAAUUUAAGAUGGUUUAAAUUAUCUCUGUUCUGGUUUCAAAGAAAAGCAAAACUAGAAUAAAACACAAAAA